AUGAAGAUUCUAAAACGUGGCCUUCAAAAAGAUGCUUCAGGUUUUGUAAGAUUAAUUUGCGAGGAAGAUGAGGAUAUGUGGCACGUUUUUAAUCUUAUUAGAAUUGGUGAUGUUGUUAGAAGUUCAACUAUGAGGAAAAUAACCAAUGAAACGGCAACUGGGUCAAAAACUAGUCAACGGGUUCAAAUGACAUUAACCAUUUCGGUCGAAACAAUCGAUUUUGAUGCAACUGUAUGUUCCUUACACUUGAAAGGCAAAAACAUCCAAGAAAAUCAACAUGUUCGUCUUGGUGCUUACCACACCUUAGAUUUAGCUUUAAACAGAGUUUUUACUUUGGAAAAACAAUGUUGGGAUGCAAUUGAUUUACAUAGGCUAGAACUUUGUGCCGAUGUUGCUAAUAAAGCUGAUGUUGCUGGAAUUAAUAUUAUUUUCAACUCAUUUGUUGAUACAAUUCGCUGCAUUUGGUUCAAUAACCCUUCUGUUGACACUUACUGCCAUAAAACUAUUAGUUCUGUUGCAAAUGAAAAUUCAUCAUUUAGUCUUGGCACUCAAAAUGAUCCUCAUGAAUGUUUGCUCUGGUUAUUAAACAAACUUGAUCGAGAGUUUUUGGAUUUUUUGGAGAGUUAUGAAUACACAAAAUACAAGUAUUCGGAAAGAAACGCAUAUGGAUCUUGCAGAGAAAAAAUAUAUUCAGUGUAUGAGAAAAGCAAGGAAAAUAAAAAAUCUACUUUUUUGAAAUUAUUUGAAGGCCAAUUUAAAAAAACAAUUAAAUGUACUGCUCCAAAUUGUGAUUAUGUUAAAAUAUCAGAAGAACCAUUUCUGUCUGUUCCACUUAAAUUUUCUUCGCCAUUUAAAGCUACUGUAAAAUUUAUUAGUAUGAAUCCAACACGUAAAAUCACUCGUUUUCAUUUUGAUAUUUCUGAAUCUUAUAUAAAUGUUAAAAAUAUAAUGAAACAAAUAGAGAAAGUUGUUAAUAUCUCGUCAGAAAAUAUGGUUGCAUGCAAAAUUAAACAAAAUGGUCAAUUAUAUUUAUAUCCAGAGGAUUCAUGCUCUUAUAGUGAAAAUGAUUUAAUUAUUCUUCAAAUACCUGGAGAAAUUAAGGAACAACUUCUACAAAAUAAUUUAAUAAUUUCUGUUGUUUAUUUUGUAUUUGGAAGUGUUCCAAAUGGAAAAAUCUUCGGAGAGCCUUACAUUACAAUUUUAAAUAGAGAUUUAGGUUGUGGGCAUUUAAGCUUUGAAAUAAUGAAGGAGGGAGCUUUUCUUCUUCCUGAACUUUUCUACAAGAUGAAUGCUGGUUUUACACUUUUUUUGCAAAAUUCUGAUGGAGCUUAUGCUAGAAUUGACCCUAUAAUUGAGAAACCACUUUUUAAUGAAUAUGUUAACAGUAUUUUAAACGAAAAAGAAAAUGUUAAAAAAGUACUUCAAAUAAUUGUUGAAUGGGAUUUGUCUUUAAAAGAAGAAUUUGAAACAAAGUCUAUGAAAGAACAAAUAAUUGAAAAUUAUUCUUUACUUAAUUAUUUUAAUUAUGAAUCUAAACCUGUUAAAUUACGCGAUAUGAUAUAUGAUGAUUUUAAUGAAUUUGAAUAUAUACAAUCAUCCUGGGAAUGUCCAAAAUGUUACAAAACUUCUCGAUCAGUGCAAACUGAAUUGGAUCAUGAACCUGAUAUUCUUGUUUUCUAUAUAAAUCGUUUUGAUCAGGCAAUCUAA